AAAAACUUAAUGGAAAAGGUUAAAGAAAAAAACCAAGGGUAAAUUGAAAACUGAAGAAACCAUGACUGAAUCAUUGAAGGCUAACUACAAGGUCUGUGAAGAGAUCGGCCGAGGAAGAUUCGGCAUCGUUUUCAGGUGCGUUUCUUUGAUCUCCGGCGAGUCUUUUGCCGUUAAAUCAAUCGAUAAACAGAUAAUCUCCGCCGGUGAUUCUCUCGACUCUCAGUGUCUUUUCAAUGAACCUAAAAUUCUCACUCUGGUUUCGCCUCACCCCAAUAUAAUCCACCUUCACCACCUCUACGAAGACGACUCUCAUCUUCACAUGGUGCUCGAUCUCUGCCCUCCUUCACGAGAUCUUUACAAUCUCAUCAUCGACAAUGGGCAGUUCUCCGAAGCUCAAGCCCGACCCAUCUUGACCCAACUCGUUCAGGCCCUUGCCCACAUUCACAGUCUCGGCGUCGUCCACCGUGAUAUCAAACCAGAAAACAUUUUGUUCGAUUCGAAAAAUUCCGUUAAGCUAACGGAUUUCGGUUCCGCGGACUUGGCACCGGAGGUAAUGAGAGGUGUGGUGGGAACCCCGUUUUACGUGGCUCCGGAGAUUUUGGGCGGGAGGGAAUACGGGGAGAAAGUUGACGUUUGGAGUAGUGGUGUCGUAUUGUACAUAAUGUUGGCAGGAUUUCCGCCGUUUCACGGGGAAACGGUGGUGGAGAUUUUCGAGGCGGUUUUGAGGGGAAAUUUGAGAUUCCCCGUUAGGGUUUUCCAAUCGGUUUCGCCGGCAGCCAAGGAUCUGUUGAGAAAAAUGCUCUGUAAAGAUGUUUCUAGAAGAUUGUCCGCUGAACAAGUUCUAAGACAUCCAUGGAUCACAAGUGGAUGCUGAGUUUUUGAAGUUUCUCAUCUGGUAUCUGCUGAUGAUUGUAUAUAAACAUUAAACGGGAUGAGUUAUUGUCAUUCCAAGGAGGGUUUUUCUUUUUUUUUUUUUUUUGAGGGAUUUAACCUUUUUAUGUUCUUUUUCUACAGAGGGUGAUUGUAUGAAAAGCGAGUUUUUCUAAGCUUGGGAAAAGAGUGUGUAUAGAAGAAAUGGUAUUUGAGUGAAAUGGUUGUUUUUCUGUUCUUAUAUAUUAAAGAUACAUCCAAUGAAGAAAACUUUGGAGUUA